AGGCCGAUUGCGGGGGCGGCCUCGUCCUCGUCCUCGGCGCCGGCCCCGCCGUUGGACCUGGAGGCGAUCGCAGCCGUGGCCGACGCGGCGCCACCGGAGGAGAUGACGCUGGUGGCGAAGUGGAAAGGGCAGGACUACACGGUGCAGGUGGUCGGGGACGACACGCUUGGGGAGCUGAAGCGCCGCAUCUGCGAGGUCACGGGGGUGCUCCCCAAGCGGCAGAAGCUGCUCUACCCCAAGUUCAAGCUCAUGGAGUGCGAGGACUCCGGCCUCAUAUCCUCCAUCCCCUUCAAGCCCGGCGUUAAGAUCAACAUGAUCGGUACGGUUGAAGAUGAAAUAUUUAUGGACCAAGAAGAUGAUCCAGUUAUACUCGAUGACUAUGAAAUAGGACAGAAUGAUGCUACUGCUAUUAAGGAUAAAGAUGUCUACAAGCAAAAGCUGAAACGGCGUGCAAGUCAAUAUAAGAUUGUUGUAGCAUGCUACUGUACCAAGCACUAUGAGCUUGAAGUUGAUGAGCCAAUCUGUAGCUAUGGAUCUCUUAGCUGAGUCACUCCUUAAGAGCAGUCUGCCUCAAUU